GAAAAUUUCAUUGAUAUGUAUAGAAUUCUAUAUAUUCUUAAGUAUCUAGUGAUAAUUUUUUCUAACGCUGUUUAUUUUCAGGAAGCUCUGAAACGUUUGAGAGUUGAUGAUGAUAAAAUUAUAUAUCAGCUGAAUGAAAUUAUACCAACCCCAUCAUUUUCUGGAAAAGUUAACACCACUGAACAAUGUAAAUCUUUGUAUGAAAGGAUGAUGAGAACAUAUGAUGGUCGUGAAAAAGCUAUUCAACAUUGUGUAAUAAAGGCAAGAGAGGAAGUAGAACAUUGGAGAAAAUGCAGACUAGAAAACCGAGAUGAUGUAGAGGCUGAAAAUAUGCUCCGAAAAUCACAACAUAAGUUACGACUUAUGCAGAGAGAGUUAGACAUAGAUAAAGUUGUGAAAGAUAGAUCAUAUAAGAUAUUUUAUGAGCGAUGUAGAAAUGCCUAUACGCCCCCACAUCGUCCGGUUGUAUGACAACAGCCAAAUCUAGGAGAUUUUAUAAUACAAUCAAUGAAUUGAAGUUACUGCCAAAACAUGUAAAUAGUGUUCUUUAUGUUAAGUUCAUUAUUGGAGAUGAUUUGUUGAUGUUUUGUGAAUGGGCAAACUCACAGAACUGUUUAAGUAUCCGAAAAGAAAUACAUAACAUAGUUUACUCAGGACUUCAAAAACUUAAAUAUUUUUUUGUUUAUCAUACUUGUCACUUCUUCCUCUUGUCAGGAUUCUAGUUUAAAUUUUUGUUUUCUAAACUUUUGUUCAAAUGUAUUCAAUACAUGUGCUUUGAACAGAUGUUUUCAAUACAUGUACUAUGAACAGAUGUUUUCAAUACAUGUACUAUAAAAAUGUUUUCAAUACAUGUAUUGUUAACAGAUGUUUUCAAUAUAUGUGUUAUGAACAAAUGUUUUCAAUACAUGUACUAUGAACUUAAUACAUGUACUAUGAACAGAUGUUUUCAAUACAUGUACUAUGAACAGAUGUUUUCAAUACAUGUACUUUGAACAGAUAUUUUCUGUACUAUGACCAGAUGUUUUCUGUACUAUGAACAGAUGUUUUCUGUACUACAAACAUAUGUUUUCUUUACUAUAAACAGAUGUUUUCAAUACAUGUACUAUAAACAGAUGUUUCAAUAUAUGUACUAUGAACAGAUGUUUCCAAUACAUGUACUAUAAACAGAUGUUUUCAAUACAUGUAUUUUGAACAGAUGUUUUAAGUACAUGUACUAUGAACAAAUGUUUUUACAUGUACAAUGGACAGAUGUUUUUAAUACAUGAACUAUGAACAGAUGUUUUCAAUACAUGUACCAUGAACAGAUGUUUUCAAUACACAUACUUUAAACAGAUGUUUUCAAUACAUGUACUAUGAACAGAUGUUUUUAAUACACAUACUAUUACUUUAAACAGAUGUUUUCAAUACAUGUACUAUGAACAGAUGUUUUCAAUACACAUACUUUAAACAGAUGUUUUCAAUACAUGUACUAUGAACAGAUGUUUUCAAUACACAUACUAUUACUUUAAACAGAUGUUUUCAAUACAUGUACUAUGAACAGAUGUUUUCAAUACACAUACUUUAAACAGAUGUUUUCAAUACAUGUAUUAUGAACAGAUGUUUUCCAUACAUGUGCAUGUGCUAUGAUGGACCAAAAAUUUGAAUUUAAAAGAAGUGAAAGAUUAGUGUAUUAUAUUUAUUAAAAGAGUUGCAAGUGUAUUGUGUGCUCUGCACAAAGUGAACAUCAUACCUUUAAACAAUUUUGUGAGUUAUAAAAGAUAAAUCAAAAUUGACAUUAAUAUGAAAAUGCCAUUUUCCAGGUUAAAAGAGUCUCUUUUUACAAAUAUUCAUUUCUUUCAUGUGAGGAAGCUAUCCAGCUAGCUGACAGAAUGUCGGUUUUUCUACUCAUGUGCCUG